AUGUUCCCCUUUUGUUUGGGAGACAAAGCACACCAAUGGGAGAAGACUCUUCCAAGUGACUCUAUCACAACUUGGAAUGAGUGCAAGAGGGCUUUCCUAGAGAAGUUCUUCUCUAUCUCAAGGACGGCCAAGAUCAGGAAUGAGAUCUCUAGCUUUCAGCAGAAGAACCUAGAGGGAUUUAGUGAAGCAUGGGAGAGAGGUGCUCUUCCAGAGUUCAGGAGCAGAUUAGACACAGCCAGCAAUGGUUUCUUCUUGGGUAAAACUGAAGAGGAUGCAGAGGAGCUGGUGGAGAACAUGGCUAAGAGUGACUCAGUCUGCAGUGAGGAGUAUGAUAGAAGCAAUAGAGGUGAUGAUCAGCACACCAGGAAAGAGCUGAAGUCUCUCCAAGCCAAGUUGGAUCUACUUCUUGCAGAAAAGGCGAAGCAGGAGAAGAUGAACUUUGUUGGUGACCAGAAACAAGAGGCACCUCCAGUGAUCAAUGAGGUUGAUGGUUUAGAAGGCCAAGAGGAGCUGUGCUUCAUCAAUGCUAAUGGCACAUGGUACAAGAAAGAGCCCAACUUUCAGUACCAAAACAACUACCAACAAAGGCCACUCUACAACAAUCAGCAAGGAGAUUACCAAGCCAACCAGUCUCCUUAG